AUGCUGAAGCGGUUGGGCCCUCGUAUGAAUCCUAUUUUGGGUCUUUGCUUCGCACUUAUUGUUUUUCUAACUUCAGUUUUUGGCAGUUAUGUGUUAAGUUUAUUUAUUCCUCUCUUACUGUUUAAUGCACAUAAACGUUGGAGAAUUAUUGCUGAUCGAGCUAUUGCAUUUUGGUUUUUUAUUCCAACGACUAUUUUGCAAUAUUUUUUCGGAACCAGUUUCAAAAUAACUGGCGAUCCUAUUGAAAUCGAUAAGCCAGCACUGGUUUUAAUGAAUCAUAGGACACGACUGGACUGGAUGUACUAUUGGGGCGCGUUGCUUAAAAUGAAUCCCUGGUUACUUGUUUCCAGCAAAAUUGCAUUAAAAGCAGAACUUAAAUAUCUGCCAGGAGCUGGCGUUGGUAUGGCUGGAAAUCAGUUUAUUUUUUUAAAGCGCAAUAUGAAUGAAGACAAAAUCGCUCUGGAUAAAGCUAUCGAUUACUUUGCAAAUAUCGGUUAUGAUUAUCAAAUACUAUUCUUCCCUGAAGGAACGGACAAAAGUGAAAGGACAACCAAAAAAAGCAAUGAUUAUGCUAAGAAAAACGGUCUUCCUGAACUAAAAUAUGUCAUCUAUCCACGUUCUGCUGGACUUGUUCAUUUAAUCCGGCGAAUGAGAGAACAUAAUUAUAUCAGUUGCAUUUACAAUGUGACUGUUGCAUAUCCUGAGAAUACAGUACAGUCGGAAAUCGACUUAGUCUUGAAGGGUAUUGCCCCUAGCAAAGUUCAUUUCAAUAUCGAACGUAUCGAUAGAACAUCAAUUCCACGCCAAGAGAGUGAUAUUGCAAAGUGGAUUAACGAGUAUGGUUUCUAG